AUGACAGCCACUGACGUACUACCGGGCAUCCAAUCACACAAGGAUAGGCUCAAUGGCAGUCAGCAGCAAGUGGUGAAGUCGCAGGAGCUCCAGGGAGUGUCGGAAAAGGUUCCUUCGGCGAUUAACGAACCACCGCCACCGUCGCAGAAUGCCGACACACGCCCUAAUGGCGGCUUCUUUGCCUGGAUCCAAGUAGUCUGUAGCUUUUGCCUAUAUUUCAACACAUAUGGCAUUAUUUCUAGUUAUGGUAUUUUUCAGACAUACUACGAGUCCAAUCUUGGAUAUGAUCCCUCCAAAGCAUCCAUCAUUGGCUCUAUCCAAAGUUUUCUCAUUUUCUUCUCCACUGCUCUAUCCGGUCCGUUAUACGAUGCUGGUCUCUAUCGAUAUGUCGUCAGCGCAGGCUCGUUCAUGGUGGUGUUCGGGAUCAUAAUGCAAAGUCUCUGCAAGAAAUACUGGCAAUUUAUACUUGCCCAGUCCCUGUGUGUUGGAAUUGGCGGCGGUUUCAUAGCAUUUCUCGGACCAACUGUUCUGUCCACGCACUUUACCACUAAAUACCCGCUGGCCAGCGGUAUUGGUGCAUCCGGUGGCGGUGUUGCCGGUAUUGUCCUACCUAUUGCAUUCCGCCAGCUUCAGCCCAGUAUUGGUUUUGGCUGGGCUGUCAGGGUCCUCGGAUUUAUCUCGCUGGGGACUCUCAUUAUCCCCGUCGUCGCGCUUAGACCUCGCAGCAAACCAGCAUCGCACCGCAAGGCCGUCGAUACAACUGCUUUCCGUGACCUUCCUUUCAUUGUCCUCUUAAUUGGCAACUUUAUCAUGUUACUAGGUGUAUUCACCCCGUUCUUCUACGUCCAGAGUUUUGCUCUCGAUAGCGGCAUCGCCGGCGAAGAGUUGAGCUUUUAUAUUAUUGCCAUCAUGAAUCUAACCUCGGCUCUGGGCCGGAUCAUUCCCAAUUUCUUCAGUACCAGAUUCGGACCCUUUAAUAUGUUUUUGGCUAUGAACCUUGUGACCUUCGUCAUUGCUUUCGGCUUCAUUGGCGUUACCAAUCUACCUGGCCUCAUUGUGACCGCGGCAAUUUACGGCUUCUCGACCGGUUCUGUCUUUGCGCUGCAACCUGUUGUUGUCAUCAGACUAUGCCCGGACCCAAAACUAAUCGGUACCCGUGUGGGCAUGGCUUUUUGCUUCCUGUCCUUUGCACUGUUGCCCAGCACUCCAAUUGCUGGAGCAUUGCAGACAAGAGGCGGGUUCACCGCAGUCUGGGUCUGGACUGGCGCGACGACUGCUGUGGGAUUCGUCAUUAUGUCUUUGUCGCGUGGCAUUAAAACGAACUGGAAGUUGCUUUCGAAAGCAUAA